UCAGUCAAUGUGGGCCGACCCGCGUAUCGUCGGUAGAGUUCUGAAAUUCUACGAAUUCGUUGUAUCGGGAGGAAAAUCGCUAACGCUGCGAUACGCAAUCAUGAAUUUUGUUCAGUAAAGUUGUAGAAGGGUUCGCGAGCGAGGGAAGCGGCUCACUGUCGUAUGUUCGUAUACAUUGGUGUGAGAAAAAUUGCUGCUCUUAUACGUGUGCGUUAGGGCCCCGAUCAAUCUUCAAGUUCAUGACCCCGCUCUUAUUUGGUUAAUUGGAUUUAUUCGUGAUUGAAUCCACGCUGAAUUGAUAGCGUUUCGACAAUUCUUCUCUCGUGAGAUUCAGCUCGGUGGUCACCUACGGGUGAAUAGAGAUGGCCACCCCACAAACACCAGGUAUGGAUCCCUGGGUGAUUCAACCCAGGGAACGUGCAAAGUAUAAAGAACAAUUUGACUCUUUAAAACCAAUUAAUGGUGUUGUCACUGGAGGACAGGCAAAAGAGUUUUUGCUCAGAUCUCAACUUCCACCUGUAAUUCUUGGGAAAAUAUGGUCUUUGUCAGACACAGAUUCAGAUGGUAAACUGGAUAUAAAUGAGUUUAGUAUUGCUUGUAAAUUAAUUACUUUAAAAUUACGUGGCUUUGAGAUCCCAGAUGCAUUGCCACCAAUUCUAGUGCAGAGUUUAAAGGCGCUUUCUAUUAGUGACACAGGUGUAACAAAUUUAACCAAUGGAGGUGCCAGUAUACCUCCGCACAAUAAUGUUACUUCUUUAGUCAAUUUAACUGGACCCCCACCAGUUACAGUACAACCUUUAAUUGGUGGGAUGCCCAUGGCUGGAUCAGUUCCACGUCCUUUAAUAGGCCCGCCACCAUCAAAUGGACCACUACCUGGACAUCAAAUUAGGCCUGCUUCACCAAUGACUUUACCAGCAUCACGACAAAGUAGACAGAAUCUGGCUGCCACUACACAUGCCACAACUCACACAGCGUCAAAGCCACCCGCUCGACCUGCACCACCCUCUGUGGGAAUCGUGCCUUCUUCAAGUACUACCACUACUACUACCACUUCCGCUACUACUACCCCUAGUGGUGGUCCUCCUCAAAGACCUGCACCACCCACAAAUAUUGGGGCAAACUUUAUACCUGCUACUACUGGUCCUCCACCAAAACCUGCACCACCUUCAUUCCCCAAUAGUCCAGUAACAGCUGGAAUGUCACCAGUGAAAGUGCCACCUGUGUCUGCUAUGCAAGUGGUUCCUCCAGUUCAGCAAAUACAACCCACUUCUGCAAUAGAUUUCCUUGAUUUUGAUUUACCAGGUAUGCCAGCAGUAGCGCCAAUCGCUCCUUUGAAUACAAAUCCAACACCAAUUGCUGCUUUCGGAAUGGGUCAAACGAUGCCAAUGCAACCACUAUGUACUGGUAUGACUGCUCCAAUUGGUGGUCCAGCUAUUGUAUCAUCCGUUGCACCAAUGCCUAGUGGAACUGGUGUAGUGUCUACCCCUCCAAUUGUAGGUUUACCCCUAGUCUCAUCAUCUGCGGCAACCGGCACAUUAGUGAACGGUGUAAUUGCUCAGACUCCAGUAUCCACAAGCACACCAUUAAGUACAACAGCACGCCCGCCAAGUAUAGAUAGAGUGGGUUCGGUUGAUUCACAACAUAGCCAGCAUAGUCAGCAUAGUCAACACAGUCAGCAUUCAGUGGGCUCUCCACAAUCUAUAGAAUGGGCUGUACCACAUCAAACAAAAUUAAAGUAUACUCAACUGUUCAAUACCUGGGAUAGAACACGGACUGGUUUCUUAUCUGGUCCGCAAGCUAGAAAUAUUAUGGUGCAGUCACAGUUGCCACAACCAAAAUUGGCAGAGAUAUGGACGCUUGCCGAUAUGGAUUUGGAUGGUCGUUUAAGCUGUGACGAAUUUGUGUUAGCAAUGCAUUUAUGUGAUAUUGCCAAGGUUGGUGAAAAGAUACCCGCCACGCUUCCAAUAGAAUUAAUUCCACCUGCAUUCAGACGUCAACGGCAGAGCAGUUUAACACUUUCACAGGGUGGAACAGAAAAUAUUGACCCAUUAGCUGGUAUGCCACAGACAUCCUUUGAAGAUAAACGUAAAGAAAACUUUGAAAAAGGUCAAGCAGAAUUGGAACGUAGACGUAAAGCAUUGUUAGAAAUUCAGCGAAAAGAGCAGGAAGAACGCGAAAGAAAAGAAAGAGAAGAAGCAGAAAAACAAGAAAAAAUUAGGUUAGAACAAGAGAGGCGUAGACAAGCAGAAAUUGAAAAACAAAUGCAGAGACAAAAAGAAAUUGAACAGGAAAAAGAAGAACAACGAAAAAGAGCACAGGAACAAAGAGAAGCAGCGCGGAAAGAAAUGGAGAGACAGAGACAGUUAGAAUGGGAGAAUCAAAAAUCACAAGAACUGCAGGCACAAAGACAAAAAGAACAGGAUGUACUGCUUAAGUUGAAAGCAAAGAAUCAAACGUUAACUAUUGAACUUGGAACACUUAAUGAUAAAGUAAAGGAAUUAUCGCAAAAAAUUUGUGACACUAGAGUGGGUGUUUCUGGUGUUAAAACGACUAUUGAUGGAAUGCGGUCGACUCGUGAUGCACAAUUACAAGAGAUGGCUGCUUUAAAGAAUAAACUCCGCGAACACAACCAAAGAUUACUAGUUUUGAGUCAAGAAAAAGCUCGUAUCGAAGCGAAAAACAAAUUAAACGCAAGCAUGGAAUCUGCUGGACAAGAGGCGAUUAAAAUGGCAUUAGAUAACAAUAAACAGAUCGCUCUUAAACAAAUGAAGGAUAAAAUUACUGAUUUGCAGCAACAGAUCGAAGUAAAAAUGGCUGAUAUAGAAAAUAAUAAUGGCCAACUUCAAGAUAUUAAGACACAGAUACAAAAUUUAGCCACCGACUGCAAGAAUCUCUAUGUUUCGUUUGAGGAAAAGAAAUUGAAGGUCUUAGAACUUAGAGCUAAUGCCGGUACCGGUGCUCCAACCGAUUAUACAUCUGCUUGGGGUGAUAGUGGUUGGAAUGACAAUGCUGAACCAGCUAAUGAUAAUGCUUGGCCUGUUAGUGAUACUACCACAGUUACAGCUGUAGAAGAAGCUACUCCAGGUGUCAUGAAAUAUAGGGCUCUGUAUGAAUUCGUAGCCAGAAAUCAAGAUGAGAUAUCAUUUCAACCUGGCGAUAUUAUUCUGGUACCGCCUGUUCAAAAUGCUGAAUCAGGUUGGAUAGCCGGUGAAAUUCGCGGUCACAUUGGAUGGUUUCCUGAGUCUUAUGUCGAACGUGUAGAUGCUGUACCAGAAAAUGAAAAUGCUUUUGUACAACAAGACAGUGUGGAAAAAAGAACUUUAGAAGGAAUAGCUGAAGUUCCUGAAAAUGUAUCCGACGCUGGUUCAUUAGGUGGAGAACCUCCUAGUGUUGAACCUAUUAUUCCUACUCUUGGAUUGGGUGCAGCCUGCGAUAUCCAAGCAACAGCUCUCUUUCAAUAUCGACCUACAACCGACCAACACCUUAAUUUUGAAAAAGGAGAUAUUAUUAAAGUCAUUGAACAACAGGGUGAUUGGUGGUAUGGUACAUCUAGUAUUGGAAACAGUGGUUGGUUUCCCAAGUCGUAUGCUAAAGAAAUUAGUGUUAAUCAAGCUGCAGUGGUUGAUGGUCUCAACGAAUAUUAUAUGGCUCUAUAUCCUUACACCUCUGCCGAACCUGGAGAUCUGACAUUUAAUCAAGGAGAAGUUAUAUUGGUGACUAAGAAGGAAGGUGACUGGUGGACAGGCAAUGUAGAAGAUAGAUGUGGAAUUUUCCCUGCUAAUUAUGUAGAAAAAUGCGAUGCUCCAGAUCAGGAUGUCUCUGCACCUACUGAAGCGACUGAAGCAAUUGCAACGACUGAGCCGACCGCAGAGAUAACGACACCUAGCCAUGUAGCACUGAAAGAGGAAAAGACUGCUGAGCAGCUAGAAGACGAAAGAGCUGCCGCAGAAGAUAGAGCAGAAUUACCAGACUUUACCGCAAUGGCAGCACAGCAGUAUGUUAAGCGAGGGAGGAAACCUGAAAUUGUACAAGUUAUUGCACCGUACCAAGCUACUAGUUCUGAGCAAUUAGAUUUACAGAAAGGAGCGUUGAUAAUGAUACGUAAAAAGACAGAUAGCGGAUGGUGGGAAGGCGAGUUACAGGCUCGUGGUAAAAAAAGACAAAUUGGUUGGUUCCCAGCAUCUUAUGUUAAGCCUUUGACCAGUAGUAGCAAUCGAAGUACACCAGUUUCCCAUGGUUAUCAAGAUUCCCCUACAGAUCCAAAUGCUGAACGCGUUAUGGCAUUAUAUCCAUACCAGGCGCAAAAUGAAGACGAGUUAAGUUUCGAGAAAGGUGAUGUUAUACUCGUAACUGCAAAAGACGAGGAACAGUGGUGGAAAGGCGAACUGAACGGAGUGUCCGGUGUAUUCCCCAGUAAUUAUGUAUCUCCAAUGUUAAAUGAGAUGACAACUGACCUAACAUCUGGGUUGGAUGCAAUUGAAAGAAAACGUCAAGAAUACAUCAAAGAACUUAUUACAACUGAACAAGCUUAUAUAGAAGAUAUGAGACUUGUUCAUGAGGUGUUUGAGAAACCUCUUAUUGAAAGUUUAGUUUUAACUGUGGAUGAAGUGGACAAAAUAUUUGUUAAUUGGAGAGAUAUCAUUGCCUGCAACGACAAUUUUUUAAGAACACUGAGAAUACGACGAGAUAACAGCGAAGGAGGAGUCGUAAGAAUGAUCGGUGAUAUCCUAUGUGAAAACAUACCCAGAAUGUCAGCUUAUAUUAGAUUCUGCAGUUGUCAAAUAUCUGCUGCAGUAUACCUCCAACGAUUGACUGAAACUGUACCAGAAUUUGUUGAAGUGGCACACACUUGCCAACAAGAUCCCCGGACAAAAGGAAUGCCUCUAAGUUCUUUUUUAAUCAAGCCUAUGCAAAGGAUAACAAAGUAUCCUUUAAUCAUUGGGAAAAUUUUAGAACACACAGCAGCUAAUCAUCCUGACAGACAGUAUCUCCAGGAAGCAUUGGCUAAGGCAGAAGAAUUUUGUACUCAGGUGAACGAGGGAGUUAGAGAGAAAGAAAACAGUGAUAGAUUAGAAUGGUUACAAACGCAUGUGGCUUGCGACGGUCUUGAGGAACAACUUAUCUUUAAUUCUUUAACUAAUUCCUUAGGUCCACGAAAGCUUCUUCACUUUGGCAUCCUUCAUAAGGCAAAAAGUGGAAAGGAACUUGUUGGAUUUCUCACAAACGAUUUUUUGUUGUUUGCUCAACCAACACUUCCCAAAAAGUCUUUUCCCAGUGGCCAACAAUUUUCAUUUGAAAGAAAUGAACAUCAGAAGUUCAAGAUGUAUAGAAAGCCAAUAUUUUUAAAUGAAUUGUCAUUCUUAGGAGACUCAGACACAAAUGGAAGCGUUAAUAGUUUAAGCUGGGGUGAGAGUACAGAAAACUCAACGAAAAUGCUCAGAUUAAGAGACCAGAAGAAACCAAUAAUAUUAUUAGCCCCGUCCCCAGGCGAAUGUUCUUUAUGGACCAGAAGAAUCACGGAGGCAAGAAAGACAUUCUUAGAAAACGAGAAAACUCGUUUACAAAGACAAAAAUCAAAGCUGGCACAAUUUGGAGCGUGUGGCAGAAUACUCGUUACAGUUCUGCAAGGUUUCAAUUUGAAGACAACACCUGGAAAAUGCAGUACAUUCUGCAAAGUUAGUAUGGGUUCACAAGAAGAGAGAACGGGUGUUGUAUCAGGAACAGAUUGCCCUCUAUGGGAUGCGUCAAUGCAAUUCCAAGUAAAGGAUGUGCUUGAAGAUACUCUAUGUAUAACUGUAUUUGAUAAAGGCUAUUACAGUCCUGAUGAAUUUUUGGGUCGAGCAGAGAUUAGGGUUGCAGACAUAAUGAAAGAUAGCAGAGACUCGUGCGGUCCGAUCCAAAAACGGAUUCGCUUACAUGAAGUUGAGAAAGGCAUUGUAGUGUUAAAACUGGAUCUACGGCUAUUUGGCAAUCGGAAAAAGGGUAUUGUGUUCAGAGGUACGAAGCAACGGUAAUUUAAAUAAUGUGUUCAUACAUAACAAAAGUUUUUUACUUUAAGGCUAGUUAAACAAUUAUACUAGAUAGAGGUAAUUGAUACUAAUAGAUAGAGGACCAUUUUUAUACAAGAGUAUUUAUUAUACGUUAUAAGACUUUAUAAAUAAGGAUUACCUGAUAUGAUCUUUAUUAUAUGAAACUCGUAUCCAAUGCAAUCAUUGGAAUUUAUUUAUUAAACAAAUAUUUUUGUUAUUUUUCAUACUUUUUAUAUACAUAUCAUAAGAAAGCCAAGAAUGAAUCGUUUUACGUUCAGUCUUCCUUAGAAGUAGCUAUUUAAAUUCUUGUCAAUCUACAGUAUUAUAUAAGAAAUUUUUAUACAAAUGUAGUAUUUGUUAUUUUACAAAUAGAUAUAUUGUUAUCGUAACAAUGAUAGUAUAUAAUGAGAAAGCAUUUAUUUUUUGUAUUAAAUGUUAUUCAACAAAAUGUGGAAUAUUUAAAAGGGCAUUAAUAUGAAUAAAGUGGACACAAAGCAAAUAAUUUAAGAAUGAUUUAUUGCAUGAAUACUUAUUAUAUAAGUGCAAUCGUCAACAAGUUUGCAAUAAAAUAAAUAGUUUAAUUUACAUCGUUCGCGCUUGCUAACACGCGAAAAUGUGUAACGUAUAAAUACGAAUUGACAUGUACAAAAAAAUGACAACGUGUACUUGGAUGAUGUUUUAUAAAUUAUUAUGUAUCCUAUGAUUAAAGCAGAUGAAUUAAUGUAAAUAUAA